GUACGUGUGUACUUCCUUUUUAUAACCUUACCCAAAUAUUACCUUACUUCAGUUUUUUUGCAUUGUUUUUGUAAGGACUGAUGUAUCAUCGUGUGUACUGUUAGUUGCUUAAACAAGUACGAGCAGCUCAGAGUAAAGAUUAGUUUUAAAAGUUAGAUACCAAAAAAUCCAUCUGCCCAAGGACUCUUGUUCUUGAAGAGGAGAGAGAGAGGGGCUUCCUUUUGUCUAAAGACGUACGAAUCGUGAGAGGAUUUAGCUACUACGGGGUAAUGGCGAUGGCUAAGGACUGUCAACCGCCGUCGUACACGCUGAGUCGGGAAUUACGCGGCCACUCGGAGGAUGUGCGAGUGAUUGACAUUUGCAAGAAUGGUAGUAUCGUUUCCGGCGGCAGAGACCGAAAUACCAUACUCUGGAAGAAUCAGGAUGGGAGUUAUUAUACCAGUACAGUGAUGACAGGUCACAGUAAUUUUGUUAGUUCGGUGUGUAUCAUUGAUCCAACCGAAAAGCAUCCUCAGGGUCUUAUCGUUACUGGCAGUAACGACUCCCACAUUUGUAUAUACACGGUGGGAGAACCACAACCGUUGCACAAAUUUCAUGGACAUGAAAAUACAGUGUGCUGCUUGAAAGCUAGUAUCUUUGAUAAGAACUCGUUUCUCUCUAGUUCCUGGGACAUUUCAGCCAAACUGUGGGAUUUAAAUGAUUUAACGAAGCCACAAGUAACGUUUGUGGGCCACAGUGCUGCUGUUUGGUGUGUUGCAGAUAUACCAAAUGGCGUCGUUGUAACGGGAUCUGCAGAUAAAACUGUGAUAAUGUAUUCAAGAAAAGGAGAUAUUUUGCGUAAAAUCAAGGCUCACUCGGAUUGUGUUAGAGACAUAGCUGUUCUAAACGAGGGCGCUUUUCUGACUUGCGCCAACGAUGCCAUUAUUAAACACUGGUGUGCCAGUACUGGUGAUUGUUUAACAGAAUUUUAUGGACACACCAAUUAUAUAUACAGUUUAGCAGCUAUCAAUUCUGGCAGCUUAGCUGCUUCAUGUGGAGAAGAUAAAACAGUUAGAGUAUGGUGGAAUGGAGAUCUGUGUCAAACUAUUACAGUACCUACAGAAACUGUUUGGUGUGUGAAAAUUCUGCCAAACAAAGAUAUCGUUUGCGGAUCAUCUGACGGUUACAUUAGAAUAUUUACAACUGAUGAGAAGAGAUAUGCAGAUCCUGAAGUCAUCAAAAAUUAUGAAAAUGCUAUUGUAGAAAAAAAUGGAGCACAGGCCUUAGUUGGUGAUUUAGAUGUAACCAAAUUGCCAGAUGUAAGUGAAGCCCUGCUUCAGCCAGGAAAAAAAAAUGGAGAAAUAAAAGUUAUGUCAGAUAAGGGUAUUCCCAAAGCCUAUAUGUGGGAUCAGGUGAAGAUGAAAUGGGAUCUCGUUGGGGAUGUUAUGGGAUCAAAAAACGAAACUUCUAAAAGACAAAUGCAUAAUGGCGUUGAGUAUGAUUACGUGUUUUCUAUUGAUAUAUCUGAUGGAGUUCCUCCUUUAAAAUUACCAUACAAUCAAGAUCAAGAUCCUUGGCAUGUGGCCCAGAAUUUCAUUGAUAAAAAUGAUCUUCCACAAAGCUAUUUAGAAGAAAUUGCCAAUUUUAUAAUUAAAAACACAGCUAAUGCUCAACAGCAAAAUACACCUGUUGUUCCACAAUUCUACGAUCCCUUUACAGGAGGAAGUCGUUAUAUACCAGCUCCAUCAGCGGAAAGUGCCAAACAACCACCUGUAACUUCACCUCCAACGCCUUCUAACUCUAAUACUUUUAAAUUCAUACCCAUGCUAGACUAUCUUAAGUUGGAGCAGGCAAAUUUAGCUGCGAUUCACGAAAAACUUAAAGAGUUCAACUUAAAAAUGGCUGCUACAACUGAUAAGAUCCCAGAAGAGCGGUUGGAAUGGGUAGUAAAACUAGCAACAAAAGAACACGAGGAAGCAGUACAGGCUGGAGCAAUUGAUACUCUAAUGUCUCUUUUAAAUUGGCCAGAUUCGAUGAUAUUCCCAGUUUUAGACAUCACGCGUUUGGCUGUUUUACAUAAAACUGUAAAUGAUAAAGUUUGUACUGAUGAACUGAUGAAAUCGAUUGAAAAGCAUUUAACUAGUAGUGCAGCUGCAGCAAACCGAAUGCUUGCUUAUCGUCUUCUGUCAAAUAUGUUUUGUCAUGCCAAAGGGGAGAAAUGUUGUCUUGACAACAUGCAAUCUCAUAUUACGCUUGUGAAACAGCAAUUUCCCAGUCGUCAACCAACGCCUGGAAAUAAAAAUAAUCAGGUUGCGCUGUCGACGUAUAUUUUAAAUUUAGCAGUCGCAAUGAACAAGACCAGUGGCAAACAACGCAAGGGUAACGUCCUGGAUUUGAUAUCCACCAUACUCGAGCACUUCAGUGAGACCGAAGCCAUUUUCCGAGUUCUCGUUGGCCUUGGCACGCUGUUGAUGGAUCCCGAUGAAGCUGUUAAAUCAAACCUACUUUCGACUCUGCACCAAAGCGAAGGUCUGCUGCGUAUUUUGAAAACUGCCCUCGAAAGCCCGGACGUUCAAAACAAGCUAACCAUCGUUUCUAAAGAGGUUUCCCGUCUUAUUUAAUAAGAAACGCUCGAUAAACGUGUUCAUAUUUUAACGUUAUUUUUUAUACUAAAACGAUGCGCUUCAAAAAGAUGAGGAUUUUUCAUUGAAUAAAGAGAGUC